AUGGUUUAUGAAGCUAAGGCUCGGCUCAGUGACCCCGUGUACGGUUGUGUUGCGAUCAUCGCCUCUCUCCAAACCCAGGUGUCCCAAUUGCAAGCUGAUUUGAACAUAGCUCUUGCAGAAGCAAUGACGCUUAGAGCCCAACUGUCGGGGGCCUUAUCCUCACUAAUCUCUUUCCAAGGUUCUCCAACCGACUAUACAGGAAUGAUCAGCCAUGAAUAUGACCAUCAGCAGCUGAGUGAGUUUAACAAAUUAGUCCCCACUCAUCGUAUUCCCACCUCUGAGGCAAUGCUGAUCUUCCCUCAACUCAAAGAACCAGUCCCCACAAAUGAGGUUCCUCAGAUCCCCGAGUUCUGGUGA